AUGCAGAGAGUGCAUAAAGUGCGCCUGUUGGGACAUCAGCUGAGGAGGAGGGUGAACUGGAACUGUGCCACAGUGGUGCCAUUCUCCACGAAAAUAAGCCCAGUGGAAAUUUCGAAAAUAUUGGAGAAAAAAUUUGAGAACUUCGACUUUAAAACUUCCGCAAAUGAAGUGGGAUACGUGUUAAGUGUGGGAGAUGGUAUAUGUAGAGCCUUCGGUUUGAAUAAUGUGAAGUCGUCUGAAUUGCUUGAAAUACACAAUAGUGAUACAUCUGCAGGGGAAGGUGCUUCAAGCAUCACGUAUGGAAUGGCGACGAACCUUGAAUACGAUAACGUUGGAGUCGUAAUUUUUGGAAACGACAGGAAUAUAAAGGAAGGAGAUAUAAUAAAACGGACGAACAGAAUUAUCGACGUGAGUGUUGGUCCAGAGUUACUGGGUCGUGUCGUAGACGGAUUGGGAAAGGAGAUUGAUGGAGGAAAACCCAUUCAGACUAACGAGAAGAGAAAGAUAGAAAUAAAGGCACCAGGAAUUAUUGCGCGUAAGAGUGUGAAUGAGUCCAUUAUUACAGGCAUCAAGUGCAUUGAUAGUUUAGUUCCUAUCGGUAGGGGACAGAGAGAGUUAAUUAUAGGGGAUAGACAAACAGGCAAGACAGCCAUAGCAGUCGACACAAUUAUUCAUCAGAAAAAUAUUAAUGAGCAGGUGCCAGAUAGUGAGAAGGUCUAUUGUAUUUAUGUUGCCAUUGGACAAAAAAAAAGUAACAUUGCCAAAUUGGUGAACCUUCUAAAAAAGUACGAUGCCUUGAAAUACACCAUCAUUGUAAAUUCGAGCGCAUCAGAUGCUUCUCCUCUCCAGUUUUUGGCUCCAUACACAGGUUGUGCUAUGGCUGAGUAUUUUAGAGACAAUGGAAAGCAUGCUUUGAUUAUCUUCGAUGACUUGAGUAAACAAGCAGUUGCCUAUAGACAGUUGUCUCUUCUUUUGAGAAGACCACCAGGGAGAGAAGCCUACCCAGGCGAUAUCUUUUACAUCCAUUCUAAGCUCCUGGAGAGAUCAUCUAAAUUGAAUGACAAGUUGAAAGGAGGAAGUCUCACUGCACUACCAAUUAUAGAGACUCUAAACAACGAUGUAUCUGCGUAUAUUCCUACCAAUGUCAUUUCCAUUACGGAUGGACAGAUAUUUUUGGAGAGCGAAUUGUUUUACAAAGGAAUAAUUCCUGCGAUUAAUGUUGGAUUGAGUGUGUCUCGUAUAGGAAGUAGUGCCCAGUACAAGUGCAUGAAGAAAUUAGCAUCUUCUAUGAAGUUGGAGCUAGCUCAAUUUCGUGAAAUCGUGGCCUUUUCUCAAUUCGGUUCUGAUUUAGAUGCAUCCACGAAGAAACUUAUCGAGAAGGGAAAAAUUUUAACGGAAAUAUUAAAGCAAAAGCAGUACUCCCCUGUGAGUAUCAGCUAUCAGAUUUGCCUCAUCUAUGCGGCCACGAAGGAUUACCUCGCUAGCCUCACCAUUGAUAAGGUGCAGGAUUUUGAGAAGAGGUACUUCGAAUACCUAGACAACAAUUACGCAGAUGUGUUGAAGAAGAUCCAGAACAACUGCGACUUGGCCGAGGUAGAAGACCAAAUCAAGGAAAGCAUUCAGCGUUUCUUGGAGCUUUACAAGGGUGAGAGUUCCUAA